AUGUUUUAUUACAGUGUUGGUUUGGCAGAGAGGGAGGAGGGUGACUUGGGACCUGUUUAUGGAUUUCAAUGGAGGCACUUUGGUGCGAGAUAUAUUGACAUGCAUGAUGACUACUCCGGCCAAGGGUUUGAUCAGCUUUUAGACGUUAUUAACAAGAUAAAGCAUAAUCCUGAUGAUCGGCGAAUCAUUCUCUCUGCAUGGAACCCAGCUGAUCUUAAAUUAAUGGCACUUCCCCCAUGCCACAUGUUUGCACAGUUUUAUGUAGCACAUGGUGAGCUAUCAUGUCAAAUGUAUCAGCGAUCUGCUGACAUGGGCCUGGGCGUUCCAUUUAAUAUUGCAUCUUAUGCCCUCCUGACAUGCAUGAUUGCUCAUGUCUGUGAUCUCAUUCCAGGUGAUUUUAUCCAUGUUAUUGGGGAUACACAUGUUUACCGCAAUCACGUGAGGCCUUUGCAGGAGCAACUCCAUAACCUGCCAAAACCGUUUCCAAUUUUGAAGAUAAAUCCAGAGAAGAAAGAUAUAGAUUCUUUUGUGGCUGCUGAUUUUAAGCUCGUAGGCUAUGAUCCUCACCAGAAGAUUGAUAUGAAGCUGGCUGUCUAA